CUACUUGAGUUCAAAUCUAAGCAGAGCUGCUGUUAAACUGCGUAAAGCAGGAAUGUUUUGAUUGAGUUGCGGUUCAGGCUCCUGAGGAACCGGCUGGAUAACAUUCUGAUCAUAGCUGUCACCCUCCCCAGCUAAAUCAUCCAGUAACUUUGCAAGCUCUGUGGGUAAAAUGUUCUCCUUGUAGAGCUGACGGCGAAAGCGAUAGCAGCUACUGCGAUCUCUGCGCUCUCUUUUUAGCGAUCUCCUUGUGGGUUCUGCGGUCCUUUUUUUCCUUGAUCGAGUAGUCAAUGCAAGCUUGUGCUCCCUUUUCAACGUCGGUCAGUCGUCGGGACGGGUAAGACAAUUGCAGGUGACCCAUGGAGGAACAGGCAGACAGUCCGAUAGCAGUGAAAGUGGAGGGAACCCCCCAUAGGGUCAUCCUGACGUACUUCCAGGGGGACAUUAACAGCAUGGUGGACGAGCACUUCUCUCGAGCUCUCAGCAAAAUCAGCAAGUCCAACGACCCAGCCGCAAGGUCAAAGAAAAUCCGCAAAACUGUGAAAAUUGAAAGCCCAGACAACUGUCAGGGGAGCAUCUCCGUCCCUUACUCUGACUCGCAGGUCCCCCCUGUAACAGGACACAUCCUGGCCCUCAGCUCCGCAGAGGAGACCCCAGGCUCCUGGAACACAUUCAGGUCAAGAGAAGGUCCGGCCCUGUCGACCAUCAUGUGCUCCCUGUCCUCCGACGGGCUGAGCCUCACUGGACAGCAGUACUCCACAUCCCUGCUCAACCUGCUGCACGGUGAACGGGGAGAGAUGGGACCCAGCAUUGCCUCUACCUCCAAGCCGGAGCCACUUCCAAGCUGGGUGGUAACCCCAGGAUUCAGGGAGUCUGUAGACCCUCCAAUAGGCUUUGAACCUGGGCGACAUGGCGAUAAGAAGGACUUGUACUGGUACUGAAGUAAACGAUUUCUGUUGGUACCAGCAGCGUUUUGAUUUCCUGAUGAGUUCUCUCUCCAUUCUUCACUGAGAUGACCUCAACACCGGAGCUCGUACUGGGACAGCCUCUCCUGAAGAGAACACUUGCUGACAAACCAGUUCCUCAACUCUUGUCAUUCCUCUUUUAAGUCUCCGAGCUGUGUGUCUGUUUUCACACGUUUCGAAGUGAAGUUGGGCGACGUGCACUUUCCUUAUGGGUUUUACUUCAGUCAACAGACCAGUGUUGAGUCUGAAAUUUAUGAGCCUCUUUUAUGUGUAAAAAAAAUUAUGUAGAUUAAAAAAACCUGAACUACCCAAGAUCACCUGGUUGGUUUAGGUUUCUUGAAGAUACACAAACAGGGAGGUAAGGUUGUGUUUGGUUGAUAAAGAGCUGGUGAAAAUACUAACUUGUUUUAGGUACUGUAAACUUUUUAAUAAAGGAUGAUUAAAGGAAUCAGCCAAUAUUCAACACUGCUCGCAAUUAAGUUAUACAAGCUCAAUGUCAGUCAAACAGUGUGUUUCUGACCCCUGUUGGUGGGUGUGAAACCACAGUCUUUAUGAAGAAUUGUACAUUAUAUGUGAAGAAAUGGGAGUUUUAUCCCAUUCUCCUGGCGUUUAGAAAAAUUUUAGUAGUCUAGGUAAUACUAGCUGACCUUAAACAGUUCAAGUUUAGACUGGCUUAGUGUCAGACAGUGAGAAAAAACUAUGUGUCUGGUUAUAUCUAUAUUAAAUAAGCUAAAACUUGAAAUAAGCAAACUUGCUUAUUGCUAUUUAUGUUCCAUUUUGCCCCUACAGUGAUGAUCAGUUUAUGGUAAUUAGGCAUUCUGUGGUGUAGUAGUUGAAGUCUUUCUCUUUACUUUGAAGGGGACCUGCAUUCAAACCCGAGUUACAUCAGGAAGGACAUCCAGCACAAAAGAACUCCUGAAUAAGGGAGCAGCUAGUAAUACUUAGUGAUGAUCAGCUAUAAUUAGUAAGAUAAGUUAACAUACUAAAGCACAAACUUUUAUAUUUAACACUUAAAAUAUAUUAUUGGUAAAUCUUGUAUUCUUCCAUUUAAGUAUUUAAAAUGUCUGAACAUGGUACAUGUGCUAUCUCUAUGUACAGAUUAUCUUAGAGUCUGCAUGGUUGAGCUCUGUCGACUUUCUAAAUACUGAAAAAAAAAAAGAUUUUUGGGCAUUAAAUUUACUGCUUUUUUGAACAAACAGUUUAAAAAAGAGAGUUGGAAAAUGUAUCCGGUCUGAAAGGACCUCUCAGUUGGGGAUGUUAUGAGUUUUGGGUGUUUUUGUUGUUUUUUGUAUUUUGAUCACUUCUGAGCAUAGAGUUAGAAUCUCUAGUUCUAUGCUUCUGAGUUCUUUAUCAUUGUAUAAUAAGUAUUGCCCUGUUCAUUUUAUUUCUCUGUGUACAUUAUUGCUAGGAAGAUGUUGCCAUACUAAUUAAUUCAUUUGUGUUUGGUUUAUUAUUGUGUUCCACUCUGUGCAUUUGGAUUAAAUUUUCCCAGAUCAUUGUUUGUCUUUUCCCCUUUGGUUUGCGGUUUAUUUUGUCUGGAACAGCUUUCUAUGUGUAAAUUGUUUACUUUCCCUCAGUCUGCCUGUUUGUUCUCUUCCUCAGCUAUUGUUAAUCCCCCCCAAUUAAUUACCCUGAAUUCAAUGUAAUUCUCCCCUCUUCCCCCAGUAUAUAAGCUCACUGGUUUCCCUUUUUAUUGCCUGGUUCAUCUGCUAGUCUGUCUUGUGUAAUUCUGACCUCCAUGUUCCUGGUUUGUUUUUGGAUUUAUUUAGUUUCAUUAUCACCUGUUCAUGUUUUUUUUGGAUUUUUGGAGCUUGAACUGUUUUUGUAAAUUUAUUUUUGUAUUAUUAAACAUUAUUCUUGCUCCA